AUGUGUAGAUCCGAUGCUGCUGUUUUUUGCAACCGUGCCUUCGCCCGACUGCGCCUGGAGCGCUGGCAAGCAGCAGAGGAAGAUUCGACUGCGGCGCUUCAGUUUGAUUUGGAGGAGAAGUUGAGGAUCAAGGCUCUAUUCCGACGCGGCCUCGCUCGGGAGGCGUUAGGCCACCUGCAAGCUGCCAGCGACGACCUGAAUGCAGCGCUUAAAGCCGCGCCUGCAAAUGCUUCCAUCUCGGAGUCUGCCCAGCGCAUCUACAGCAAGCUGCCGCGGCUGGCUCACAAGUGGGUGCCGGGGCAGCCCUUUCAUAGCUCUGCGGUGGAAGUCCUGGCAAGUGCGAUUCCGGGCAGCGUCGUGGGCUAUUUGUGGACGCAAAGCCAUCCAUGCAUACGUUUCCCGAACCACAUGGCCGUCCAAGCCCACGAGCGUACUGGCGGCUUGCUGGCUCUUCGUGAGAGCCUGGGCGCCCCUCAGCGCGCCCCGAGGCACAAAGAAGUCGCGACAAAGAAGCACGACUUCUGCGAGUCACCAAACUUUCAGCACAAAGACGGGCUGAGUGUGGAAUACGACGUUGGUGGGAACUUGGCCAAGAUAUUUUCCAAGUUUGCAGAGGACUAUGCCGGUCCCUUCAUCACAUUCAACGCCGACGCAUCAAUCAGCUUGCGCGAGACCUGCAUCUACAAGGCCGUGCAGUCGUUGCAAGCCUUCUUGCCCAUGUUGACACAUCUCCAUGCUGCAUGGGGAAAGGAGGGCCGGGUGGUGAGCAAGCUCAAGUCAGACAUUCCGGAGGAAUUCGUGGCUAAAGCGCUACGGAUGUUGGUCGUCCCGGUCAAGAAGGCCUUGGGUAUCGGCUUGGCUCCAAAUGAGGAGGAGCGAAUCCCAGAGUGGAGCAUGCGGUGCGCUUCGAACAGAGAGGCGAUUGCAUGGGGGAUGACAACGAGCACAAACGACAACUCUGACCACUCUGGCGCUUCAUUGCUGCCGUUCUUUCAGCUCACUUUCGGCUCGGACGCGGCAAAUCAAACAACGCCGUGGUAG